GGGUGAGAGUUCACAAAGCAUUGAUGGCGCUCACAUGUUUUUGUGAAGUAUAAAGUUAGUGACGAGAGGCCCAAAUUAACCCCUAAUUGUUAUAUUUAUAUUAUAUUGCACAAAGGCCACAAUGAAAGAUACACCAUUGUCAAACUGUGAGCGGGAUUUUUUGCUUAAAGCCAUCGAGGAGAAAAAGCGACUGGACGGAAGACAGACUUAUGAUUACAGAAAUAUAAAGAUCACAUUUGGGACAGAUUAUGGAUGCUGCUUUGUGGAUUUAGGGAAAACCAGGGUGAUGGCGCAGGUGUCUUGUGAGCUGGUGGCUCCAAAAGAAACGCGUCCAAAUGAGGGAAUAUUAUUCUUUAACAUAGAGUUGUCUCCAAUGGCCUCACCUGCAUUUGAACCGGGCAGGCAAUCAGAGCUGUCAGUGAAGCUCAACCGACAGUUGGAGAGAUGCUUCAGGAACUCUAAGUGCAUCGACACUGAGUCCUUGUGUGUGGUUUCUGGGGAAAAGGUGUGGCAGAUCCGAGUGGAUGUGCACACGUUGAAUCAUGAUGGGAACCUGAUGGACGCAGCGAGUAUUGCUGCCAUUACUGCUCUGUGCCACUUCAGACGCCCCGAUGUCUCCAUCCAGGGAGAGGAGAUCACUGUUUACACUCCAGAAGAGAGAGACCCUAUUCCACUCAGUAUCUACCACAUGCCCAUAAGUGUCAGCUUCUCCUUCUUUCAACAAGGGACGUAUUUGCUAGUGGACCCAUGUGAGAGAGAGGAGCGGGUGAUGGACGGGCUCCUCAUGAUCGCCAUGAACAAACACAGAGAGAUCUGCUCCAUUCAGUCCAGUGGAGGCAUCAUGCUGCUCAAGGAACAGGUUUUGAGAUGCAGUAAAAUCGCCAGUGUCAAAGUGUCUGAGAUAACAGAACUCAUCAGCAAAGCUCUUGAAAAUGACAAGAAGGCCAGGAAAGCAGGUGAGAGGUGUGGUUUUGCAGAAUCUAUGCCUCAGGAGCGGAUCACAGCUCUGAAAAUGGACGAGACUCCAGUAGAGAUGAAAAAUGUGACGGAAAAAGCUGAAGACAUAGUCAAGAAGUAUGAAGCCCCACCACAAUCGGUGCCCUCUCCACUUGUGCCUGCUCCAGGGGUGGGUCAGGUGGGACAAGGGCAGCAGAACUCCUGGGGUCUGGAGGAGGAGGAUGGAGAGAGCGAGGAGGAAGAGGAGAUGGUAGUAGAAGAUCAACCAAAAAAUAAAUUAGACCAAGGAGACAUAGUUGAGAUUUCUGACAGUGAAGAGGAUGAAGUUGUAAUACUCAACCCAGAGAAACCCCUCAAAAAAUCAAGCUCUCACCAGAAGGGGGCGGCAUCGUACAAGAAAAAAACAUGAAUAAAACGUGUAUCUUUUGU